AAAUGAUUUAUUUCCCUGUCUCUCUUUGCUCACUGUUUGCAUUCUGCCAUUAUCUCACUUUCUUCUCAUGCUAUUGAAAAUUGGGAAAAGAAACUGCUUGUAGUCUAUAUGUUGUAGCUCUGGUAAUAGUAAGAGUAAAGUUUGGUGCAAAAUACUUGUUAGAAAUAGAUUUAAUCUUUUUAAAAAGCAUAGGAUAAAAUGAUGCUUGUUCUCAUCAGAAAGAGAUAUUCAGCGUCUUAAUCUUUCAAACUUCCUUUUGUAGUCUACAAGGACCCAAGCCCCUCCAAAACGUCCUACUACAGUGACUCCAGCACAGAAACAAGUGUACCUGUCAAGUGUGUAUGGCCGCCAACCUUAUCACCCACAGAGAACAACCUCCAAGGCACCGUACCUACAUUACCAGUCUCCUGUCAACCCUAAGACAGCUGCUAUCAUGGCUGGGAUUAUGGCAGGUGACAGCAGGGUGACAGCAAAACCAGUUCUACAGGAUCUGACAAGUGUACCGGAGAAAGAGGUUCCAGAACCAAGAAAGAAAAAGGCAGAUGGUGUUAAACCAGAACUCAGUCCUCGUGUUCAACCAACCAAGCAGAAGGAUGAUACACAGUAUUUUUUUCACCCCAGAGUUGAUUUGUCACAAGUUACACCUUGGGAGGGAAAGGCAAGGGUUGCUGUACCAUUGGAAGGCCAGCUGGUUCCUAUGGCUAUCCCCCUGGGUAAGCCCAAGACUGACCCUGCAUUACGGCCCCCUAUUGCUACACAAGAUGUACAACGUACAAUCCCAGUGGAAGAUAAAGCAGAAAGCUCCUCAACAGACAGCACCAUAUCCACAGAUACUUCUGAACCCCCAUUACCAGACUCCACUCCUGUGAGGCCCAGUAAACCAACUCGGCCAAAUGUGGCAGUGAUUACGAUGUAUGACAAGGAACUGGGUGAGAACACAGCCCAUCCGCAUAAGCGACAGAAAAAAUCCCCAGCCAAGAAAAAGCAAAGCGCUCUCUCUGUACAGGUAUUACCAAAAGUGGAUAUCGAUAGUUUUUCAGAAUCUGGAUCUUCCUCACCAAGUCUGCCUCAUGUUUCUGAUAUUCCAGAGCCUCUUUCCCGUCCUGAUGAUUCUGAGUACCAGGAAUUCAGGAAUUUUUUAGCGGUGACAGAGUCUGGGACGCGUGAACAACGUGAAGAACAGGCUUUAGAUGAUGCAGAUGAUGACUUUCACCGAAUCCCAACCCCUCAGCACCCGCUGACAUUAGAGGGGUUCACAGGAGUACAAGAUCAACCGUACAAUGGCCCCCCAUUUCCUCCCGUUCAUCCCCCAGAUUCUGUGCAACUUGCAGGGGGGGUCCUGGAAGCUGACACUCGACAAGAGGAAGCUCUGCAAGAGAGAGCUAUGGAAUGGAUUGAGCAGGAACUGUUGGCACGGAUUGUUAGUGAAAUGAACCCGCCAGCGCCUGACCCUACCACUCUGAUUAGGCCGCAGUCUACCCCUGACAGUAGCACUGUAUCUGAGCCCGAAGAUGAAGAUGCUGAUAUGCUUGCUGCCACCAUAGGUCUGGGUGGAAUUCAACUCUUUAUUGACGCGGGUUUACCUGUGGAUCGAGAACUUGUUACCAACUUGAUUCGAGAAGUAAUAGCGGAAAAUAUUUCUACAAUUCUUGGACAUCCAAAACCAAGGGCCAGCUCCGCGCCUUCAAGACCAGUCUUGGAGGAAGAACAUCCUUCACGUACACCUUCCCCCAGGGGGACGCCAUUGCCAACCCCCAUACCCACCCCUGAGUACACACCGCCAGAGUCGGAGGAAAGUGCUCAUGAAUCAGGAAUACUAGCAACACCUGAACGCACUCCUACCCCGUCAGUAACAAGUGAAGAACCGACUCCGUCGGAUACCAAAGAGGAAGAAAAAGUUUUUGAACCAAUCAAUGAAGAACUGCCUAAGGAAGAGCAGACAAUUGACCAGGUAAGAACACCAGUAUCUACUCCAGUCCCAUCACCGCCUGCUGCUCAGUCCCCCGCAGUCAGUAUAUCGACACCUGAGCCUUCAUUCCGAGAGCCAGAGUUAUCUCAAGAUACGGUGGUGCCCACGCCUCCACCGUCUGUGGUUGUGAGGACCCCAACUCCGGAGCCUGAACCCGAGCCAGAGCUCAGCAUAGCUGAAGAACCGAGCCCACCUACGGAACCAUCUGUCAGUCAGAAGGUACUGACUCCUCCUAAGCCCGCGCAACCUUCGAUCAGCAGUCCUUCGAGCAUAUCAUCCACCACACUGGGUACCACGACAAUAACUACUGAGGAGGAGAUGUCUGAGGGAGAAAUGAUACAGCCUUAUGUACACGUUGGUAUGUACAGUGAAGGAGAGUUUGCUGUGUCACCAACCAUUGUUCAACUGGCUGCCCAAAGAAAAUUACCUGUGAGUGGAGACUGGGACACAGCCAUGUUAGGACAAGAUGAAGACAGUCGUAACGAGCUCGUGAGAGUCGCUCUUAACGGUAUCUUACAAGGUGGAGAAGGCAAACGCCGUAACAGCAGCAGUAGUGUUAGUGAGUCCAUGUACCAGGUCAGCAGUGCUAGUACUCUGAGAGAUACAGAGGACAUCAGAGAGGAUUCUAUCACUGACGUUACACACAGUGAAGGAGAAGUUCCUGUGCAAGAUCCAAUGGCGGUUCUUUUGAACCGCAUUCAAAAUCACAUGAGGUCAGCGGAGAACAGUAUGGCCAGUGAAGGAGAGCUCUUAACAGAGCAUCUGCGCACGCCCGACCUGAGCCAAGAUAAACGUGGAAAAAGAAACUACGGUGAAACAGCUCCUGGGAACAUUUCUCCCGGUGAAAUAGUAGGGGAGCCCCCGGGUGUAAUGAGAGAGCUUCACCCCGGGUCAGCUGACUUCACACUUGAUGAUGUUGCUGGGGAUAAGGAGCAGAUUCCCACAACAGCUGUACGCGAAGUUGCACCGAUGACUGCCGACGAAGGGCCGAGUCACGGCGAUCGUUCUCUUCAUGCGUCGGACUUGAUUCCGGGAACACUCGGAACAGACACUGCUUCUCCGGCGCUUACACAACAGCAACGAUCUAAGCCGAGGGUGAUUCACGUUGAAGAACGAGAAAGUGAAGCAUCAGGGUCACAUUCACCAAAGACAUAUUCACUUGGCGAGCGCAGGAGAGAGAUCACUGCUCCUCCUGAAGAUAACGAUAAACAGGAUCCAGUAGAUGUUAGCGGGUUAGACUUGGCGAGUACGAGGAGUAGAGUUAGUGAAGCAGAAGCCAAAGAAAUAGAACCACAACAACCCACUAAAAUCCAAGUGACUUUACCUUCAGUUGAUGAUGUUCACGAAGAGAGCUCUCUAGCAAGCGAACAUCCUGUUUCUAUUGAACAAGAUACAAUCGGCGAUGUGUCAUCCAUUUCAGGGGGUGAUUUCUCUGAGGUAAGAACACCAGUAUCUACUCCAGUCCCAUCACCGCCUGCUGCUCAGUCCCCCGCAGUCAGUAUAUCGACACCUGAGCCUUCAUUCCGAGAGCCAGAGUUAUCUCAAGAUACGGUGGUGCCCACGCCUCCACCGUCUGUGGUUGUGAGGACCCCAACUCCGGAGCCUGAACCCGAGCCAGAGCUCAGCAUAGCUGAAGAACCGAGCCCACCUACGGAACCAUCUGUCAGUCAGAAGGUACUGACUCCUCCUAAGCCCGCGCAACCUUCGAUCAGCAGUCCUUCGAGCAUAUCAUCCACCACACUGGGUACCACGACAAUAACUACUGAGGAGGAGAUGUCUGAGGGAGAAAUGAUACAGCCUUAUGUACACGUUGGUAUGUACAGUGAAGGAGAGUUUGCUGUGUCACCAACCAUUGUUCAACUGGCUGCCCAAAGAAAAUUACCUGUGAGUGGAGACUGGGACACAGCCAUGUUAGGACAAGAUGAAGACAGUCGUAACGAGCUCGUGAGAGUCGCUCUUAACGGUAUCUUACAAGGUGGAGAAGGCAAACGCCGUAACAGCAGCAGUAGUGUUAGUGAGUCCAUGUACCAGGUCAGCAGUGCUAGUACUCUGAGAGAUACAGAGGACAUCAGAGAGGAUUCUAUCACUGACGUUACACACAGUGAAGGAGAAGUUCCUGUGCAAGAUCCAAUGGCGGUUCUUUUGAACCGCAUUCAAAAUCACAUGAGGUCAGCGGAGAACAGUAUGGCCAGUGAAGGAGAGCUCUUAACAGAGCAUCUGCGCACGCCCGACCUGAGCCAAGAUAAACGUGGAAAAAGAAACUACGGUGAAACAGCUCCUGGGAACAUUUCUCCCGGUGAAAUAGUAGGGGAGCCCCCGGGUGUAAUGAGAGAGCUUCACCCCGGGUCAGCUGACUUCACACUUGAUGAUGUUGCUGGGGAUAAGGAGCAGAUUCCCACAACAGCUGUACACGAAGUUGCACCGAUGACUGCCGACGAAGGGCCGAGUCACGGCGAUCGUUCUCUUCAUGCGUCGGACUUGAUUCCGGGAACACUCGGAACAGACACUGCUUCUCCGGCGCUUACACAACAGCAACGAUCUAAGCCGAGGGUGAUUCACGUUGAAGAACGAGAAAGUGAAGCAUCAGGGUCACAUUCACCAAAGACAUAUUCACUUGGCGAGCGCAGGAGAGAGAUCACUGCUCCUCCUGAAGAUAACGAUAAACAGGAUCCAGUAGAUGUUAGCGGGUUAGACUUGGCGAGUACGAGGAGUAGAGUUAGUGAAGCAGAAGCCAAAGAAAUAGAACCACAACAACCCACUAAAAUCCAAGUGACUUUACCUUCAGUUGAUGAUGUUCACGAAGAGAGCUCUCUAGCAAGCGAACAUCCUGUUUCUAUUGAACAAGAUACAAUCGGCGAUGUGUCAUCCAUUUCAGGGGGUGAUUUCUGAUUAGGAGAAUAGUAAUGAUAGUUAUGUGUAAUAAAACUCAUGGGUUAUGUCAUUAAAAAUCUGUCGUAGA